AUGGUAACAACAGUAUUUACUAAUGGCCGCAUUCUCUGUCCUGACUCGUCGGGUUGUUUUGUCUCCACGCUGGUAGUCGAGGAUGACCGUGUCGCGCACGUUGGCUGGGAGAAUGACGAAGCGGUCGUUCAGGCUCAAGCGACAGCAUUUAAGGUGGAUCUAAAGAAUCGAAUGGUUCUUCCGGGAUUUAUUGAUAGCCAUGUUCACAUCCUCAACUUCGGCAUGUCGUUGCAGAAGCUCGAUCUUCUACCUUGCAAGAGCCUCGCAGAUAUCCAAAAUACCAUCAUUUCCUAUGCAGCUACUCACCCAUCAGAUCCUCGGAUUUUGUGUCGGGGCUGGGUUCAGUCGGUGACGGAUGGUCAGGCUCUUGCAACAGACUUGGACGACCUAGAUCCGCGGCCUAUUUACAUUGAGGCACUGGACCUUCACUCAACAUGGUGCAAUAAUGCGGCCCUCAGAGAGCUCGAAGCUCACUCUAAGCCCGAUCCUGCAGGAGGAAAGAUUCAUCGCUGCCACAGUGGUCUUCCUUCGGGUUUAAUUGAGGAGGCGGCGCAGUUCGACAUCGUCUGGCCGUUUUUGGACCAGGUCACGUCCAUGGAAAGCAAGCUGGCCGCGAUCGAUGCUGCCAUCGAUGCUCAUCGAAGAGCUGGGUAUACUGGACUCGUGGAUAUGGCAAUGGGAGAGAGUGAAUGGGCGGCAUUGAAUGUAUACAGAGCCCAACGUGGUGAGAUACCAAUGCAUGUGGCAGCACACUGGCUGGUGCCAUACUCAGAAUGCGACGCCGAUAUCUACACUCAGAUUGAUCGCGCCAUUGCAAUUCAACAAAGCUUCAACCGCAACACCUCCCCAGAGUUUUGCAUCAACGGCAUCAAGUUGAUCUGCGACGGAACCGUAGAUGGAUGCACUGCGGGAUUACACCAACCUUAUGGCGGAUUUCCCAACAUUGUCGAUCCGAUCUGGCCUGCUGAUGCCCUUACCACAGCUAUUCGCCGUGCUACUGAUGCUGGCCUACAGUGCGCAAUUCAUGCAAUUGGAGAUCGAACAAUACAGCAAGCUAUUGACUGUCUAUCUUCAGUUCAGGACUUACCAGCAUAUCGUCAUCGGAUUGAGCAUUUAGAGAUAACAACCCCCGAAGACGCGAGAAGGCUUGGUCAACUCGGAAUCGUGGCUUCCGUUCAGCCUGUUCACCUAGACCCAGCCACAUUCGGCGCAUGGCCAGAGAUGCUUGGGGUUCACCGCUGCAAGCGAGCCUUCGCCUACCAAGAGUUCCUCGAUAGUGGUGCUCAUAUGACUUUUGGGACAGAUGCCCCCACGGCCGAACACCACGCACUGUCCAAUAUUUACGUCGCUACUACUCGGCGGUCGUCUAUCGACCCUUCCUCGCAGGAAACCGUCAAUCUUGAGUUUGCUGUGUCGCUCGCAACCGCUGUCUCAGCAGCUACUGUGCAAGCGGCAUAUGCGUCUUUUUCAGAUUCCUGGACAGGGAGUCUGCGUCCCGGAUACACUGCCAAUUUUGUUGUGCUGGAUAUGGUUUGGGCUGCAGAAUCUCUUCUCGAAGCUCGAGUAUGCCAAACUUGGUAUAAGGGAAAGAAGGUUUUCGAUGAAGAGACGGACGGCUCAUGA